GCUGGACUUUGUUGACGUUUCAAGUUUUUUUUUCACAUUGCACUUGGAAUUGUGGAUUAUCUUUGUAACUGUUCUGUUGGAUGACGAAAAUGGGCAACGAUUGGGACGAAAUUAAGCGCCUGGCGGCCGAUUUUCAGAAGGCGCAGCUUACGUCGACCUUGCAAAAGCUCUCCGAGCGGAAUUGUGUGGAGAUUGUGACGCUGCUGCUGGAGAAGCAGUUGCUGGAGGUGGUGUUUACCAACGACGGCAAAGAGUACAUCACACCGGAUCACCUGGAGCGCGAAAUUCAGGAUGAGCUGUAUGUGAACGGAGGUCGUGCCAAUUUGGUGGAGGUCAGCAAAACGCUCAACGUGGAUCUAUCGCGGAUCGUCGGCUUGGCCGAGCGGAUAGCGGCGGAAAACCCAAGUGUGCACCUCGUGCUGGGGCAGCUUAUUGAUGAAGAGUACAUCGCGCACAUUGCCCAGGAGAUUAACGAGAAACUGGCUGAGGGGGAGAUCUCUAUAUCGGAGUUGGCCUCCCAGUUCGACCUACCGUCGGAUUUCCUGCAGCAGGACGUCGUUGAGAAGCAUUUGGGAAGGAUCAUCAAGGGCAGACAGGAUGCGACCAAUCCGCGGGUGUUCUUCACGCAGGCCUACAUCCAGCGCUGCAAGGCGAAGAUUCGUGGUGCCUUGGCCGCCAUCACUAGGCCCACAAAUGUGGCUGUAAUUCUGCAGCAGAUUGGAGUACAGGAGAAGAUCUUUCAUUCCCUUCUGGACGAAAUCUCGCCGGCGGGGCAGGUGACCUCCAAGCUGGCCAAUGCCCAGUAUGUGCCCCAGAUCUAUGCCAAGACUCAAGCGGACUGGGUAAACUCGUUCUACAAGCAGAACAGUUUCCUAGAGUACGAAGCCAUACACAAGCUGGGUAUUUCGGAUGCCAAGUCCUAUAUCCGAAAGCAAUUCCCCAGUGAGGAGUUCCUCUUUCUCAAGCGUGUUGCGCUUGGAGCACGCCUGGUAGAGUUGACGGUGGUCACGGCGCUCAACGAAUGCAGUGCCACCAAGCAGUACCUGGAUCUAUCCACCAUUCUGCCCUCCAAUUUGUCGGAGGAGGACAUUGAGGAGGUGUUCGGCGCCAUCAUGGCCCAGAAGCAUAGCAAUCCCAGCAAUUUUGUGUACCUGGAUAGCAUCGUCUUCUCGCAACCGUAUCUUACGCAGUUAGUUCAGCCCUGCCAAGCUCUGGCUGAGGCCCAGGCGAAAACGGCCAUUGACAGCGGCGUCUACCAGCAGCACAUUGUAGAAAAAACGUUGGCUCAGAAGGGUAAUGCCUCUGCUCACGAUCUUGAGGAUGAUGGUAAGAUCGACAAGAGAGAUGAGCGACGAAAGAAGGCAGCUUCAGGCAAAGCUGGCGGCGGAGCUCAGGGACGCGAGACCAAGACCAAGUCAACGAAGAAGCAUCCACGUGGCAGAGCAGCAGCUGCUCAGAACGACAGCGAUGACGAGGAUGAUGCUGGCUUCUCAGCUGGUGGUGGUGGUGCCGGAAACAAGAAGACUGUGAAGCCAUUGGCCCUGGUCAAGACUGCGGAUAUUGUAAAACUAAUUACUGCUAGUCUGGAGGAGGAGGGAUUGGAGCACUUGGCCAAACCCAUUGCUGCAUUGUAUACGAACCAAUUCAAUCAGGCAGCACUGGUACGUGCCCAGGAACUGUUUGAAGCUACACCGCAGACAAAUCGUCGCCAAACGCACGCUGCCAUUCAGGAUCGUAUUAAUACGUUGCUGAUAGACAUACGGCUGUAUGAGAAGGGCUUGAAGCUCUUCCCGCAGGAAACCCAGUCGCAGUUGGUUAAAUAUCUGCUGAAGUCUUUGGGUAAUGAAAUCAGCAACGAACUUUCCCUCUAUGUGGCCAGCGAGUGCAAUCUGACUGUGAAAAAUUCAAACCUAAAUGUGGAUCAGCGCAAUAAGUUAGCGCAGGAAUGCGAUGUCCAGUACCGCACGGCCCUUUUGGAGCAAAAUAAGGCGUUGAAUAGGACGAUCGAUGAUUUCGAGCUUGCCACGGAGGCGGUACUGAAGACCUGCAGCAUGAUCAUCAAGAAGGUGGACAAAAAGAAGGAUCGCCUGCUGAUCGCUGACCACAAGAAGAAGCUGCAGGAACAGCUACUAGAGUGCCAGGAGCCAGCGUUAAUGUUGCACUUAGCCGCACUUAUCCUCUUCACCACAGUAAGCGGCUGCAUUCUGCACGCCUCCGGAAAGUUCGUCUCUGCGAUUCUGCAGCACAUCCGUGGGUCCUUGAACGAGUCGCAGAAUGCUUUGCUGCUCCGCUAUCACGAUCUGGUUCUGCAAGUGCUACAGGCAUCGUCGGAUAGCAGCGAGUCAAAGACUGCCCUCGAACAAUUGCAGGUGAUGCAGAAGGAAGUCAUCGAUCUGGCUCAAAACUUCACUCGCGCCUCCGUCUCCAAGGCGGAUUGAACAAGCAAUGCUCUCUUCCCGAAGCAUUUCAGUCAAUUUAAAUUAGUUUUUUGAGUUUUUUUUAUUAUUAUUGCUAUGCACGCGAGAGUCGCCUAUAAAUACAAUCAGUAAAGGAUACAAAAGAGAGUUCCACACUUUA